GCAGUUCGAAGCCCCCCACACUCAGCUAUUUCCCGAAGAACAAUGGAUCCGACUGCAGGACAACAAUUAUCAGCUCGACCAUAGGUUGUUCAAGUGCCCAGAUCCUGUCAUCCCUGUCAUCCUCAGAGGGCACUAUAUAUGGCUGGCACUGACAAAAUCCACAUCAGUCCCGAUGGUGUACCUUCAACAAUUCUGGAAUACCAUGCACACGCCCUCUCAGAAAGACAAAUCCAAAAUUCUUGCUACGCUGCACAACAGGAGGCUGGUCCUAACUCCAUCUACACUGAGAACAACCUUGGAACUGCCGGUACACACCAAGUAUGAUCCACUUCCAUCACGGGACGAACUGAUCGAAGGAAUGAAGACUCUGGGCUAUGAUGCACCUCUGCCGAUGAUGUCAAACUUCAAACUAAUGAAUCUGCCUUACCCAUGGAAGACUCUGUUUGGCCUAGUCAACAAAUGCCUAUCUCCAAAGCACGCCGGCCAUGACAAAUGCAACCAGCAAAUUCUGCAAAUCUUCCAUGGGAUCGCCUUCAACAAAAAUUAUGACAUGGCUCAACUCUUCUGGACAGAGCUUAUGGACCAAGUCAAGGAAAAAGAGAACAAUAAAGCUGGCAUGACAAUUCCUUACGCUAGAUGGUUGGCCCUCAUCAUACAUGACUAAAUGACCGAAAAUCAAGGAAUCCCGCAACGACAAGAUGAGGAGCAGUUCAUAGCCCCAAAAUUCAGUACUUCAAAAGCUUCAAGCACGACACCGUUGGGAUGGCCAUUCCAGACUAUCUGCUUGACCUGGCAAAUCCAAGGAAUCCAGCAGUUAUCAAGUACAGAGAGGACAGUCAGAGAACAGUCCCUAUGGUUCAACAAAUCCCAGCUGGACCUACCCCAGGGACUAAGCCGAGUGAAAGUAAGGGUCCAAAGAGAGCUCAGAAGCCACGGAAAACAAUGGCCUGUUUGCCCAGUGAAGGAAAGUCUGACGACUCUUUCAAGAGGACUCAGACGGCUGAGGGCGCAAAGACAAUCGCUGAGGAGCCUGCCGAUGAAUCGUCAAGUCCGGCCUCCAAUAAGACUGACGAUGAGGCAUCCGAUAGCGUGGCCGCACAAAGCGAUGACGAUCAUGAUGAUAAUGAUGACGAUGAUGACAUCGAAGAUGUUGAUCACACUUAUGCCUUGAUCAGAAAGCGUAAGUUGCCUGCCGAGUCUCCCAAGAAGAUAACUGCUGAAGACGCAGCAACCGUACUAGUCGGCCGUUCAAAGACGUUCACAAUCAAGGACGUACGAAAAUCAAAGAGUGUGCACAGAGAAAUUUGCAGCUCUAAGCCUGAUUAUGAUGAAACAGCGCAUGUGAUAAAAAAUGAUCAGGAUGUCAUCAUGUAACACCCCGGCCCCGUAGGCCCCGAGGUAGUUACUUCUGACCUCUAGUACUGUCCCCACAAACCACCACGAGCCUUUACCGCGCACUUUGUCCUCACUCAUGCGCGCCCUGAGAAACUUCCCAGGGGGUCACCCAUCCCAAGACUACUCCUGUGCAAGCACGCUUAACUUUGGAGUUCUUGGGGGAUGAGCUCCCUUAAAAGGAGAUGCACCUCUGUUGGUAUGAGUAGUAUUAUUAAUCCUCUUAAAUUAAUCUCGGGUAUUACAAUCACCCCCACUUAGGAUCGCAACGUCCUCGUCGCGCCCUUAAACCAAUCUCAAUAAAACCCCAGAAUCUUGCCCCGCUAAGUGCCCGCCCGAUAUCUAACGGGUCAGCACACUGUCGCAGGGUUGCUCUGAUACCACCUGUAACACCCCGGCCCCGUAGGCCCCGAGGUAGUUACUUCUGACCUCUAGUACUGUCCCCACAAACCACCACGAGCCUUUACCGCGCACUUUGUCCUCACUCAUGCGCGCCCUGAGAAACUUCCCAAGGGGUCACCCAUCCCAAGACUACUCCUGUGCAAGCACGCUUAACUUUGGAGUUCUUGGGGGAUGAGCUCCCUUAAAAGGAGAUGCACCUCUGUUGGUAUGAGUAGUAUUAUUAAUCCUCUUAAAUUAAUCUCGGGUAUUACACAUCAUCCGGGAGAAACGGGCAAAAAUUAAAAAUGACAAAUCAUCAAAGCCCAAACCUCAACCCCGCGCCAAGAAGAGCCUAACAGAUGAAGCAGAUGCAGAUAUCUUUCCUGGCUGUGACUCCUUUGUCAGAAUAAGCCGAGCCGAAUCCUUAAGCACAGGAGCCGAUCUUUUCGGUUCCCGAGUAGAAGCCGCAGCAUCUGGCUCAACUGCGCAUGCACCGCCCUCCAAUAGCCACUCGUUAGCCUCUCAACAGGCUAAUGUUUCACAAUCAAAGGAUUCACCCCCCUCUCCGGUUCCUUCUGAAUCAGUUGAGCGCACGGUUGGCCAAUCGCCCGAGGCCACAACCCCUCCUUCACGCACACCGAGUCUAGGUAUCACAUUUCCUACAUUUUCUUCCUUUUCUAGGAUACCUACACUAUUCACUGCACAAACAGGUGCACCCACCCUUAAUACAACGACCAGAGUGCAAACUAUGACGGUCGGAAGUCCUGCUAUUCCCACAAUGAUUCCAUCAUUGAACGCAGGCCACGCAUCAGUUGUCUUCACUGAUGCUGUGACAACAGUUACGACCCCUGUAACUGGCACCCUCAACCACGAAGACGUUACCGUUCUUAGGCAGCGCUUUAUGGAUUCCACCAUUAAACCAUGGGUGCGCGAAGCAUUCACCGCUUGGGCACAUGAAUCCAAAUCCACCCCAGCGUUGCAUAGUGAACAUAGCCAGCCCGAACCACACCCAUUACCCCCUCAUACCCAACCGUUACCUUCCCACGCUUUCUCUACCAAAUCCACCCACCAACUACCGACAUUUUCACCCACUCGAGGAACCCAAGAUACACAGCUAGUAUCUACCCCUACGUCGACCACACCCUAUCCCAAUCCUUAUUCCAUACCUACAACCGAACUAGCCGAUAUCCUUUUCCUCCGCCUUUGCUCUUCUGAAACCUGUACCCUUACCCCCUUUGAAAAGGACCUGAUGGCGGUCUUCUACAAACAUAACCGCCCCCCACCGAACACUUGUCGUGACAGUCCCCGGGGCCACAAACGUUCCCAUGAGGACUCCGACGAUUCGGAACCUCAUGAGGGGGAGAACAAGCGGCCCCAGACACUUGAGCAAGGUGCCUCUUCUAGCCACAUCCCGCAACCAACUCAACCUUCACCUCCAUCUCCAACCAACCAACAGCCACCCACUACAAGCCACAACCAAGCCAAACUAACUAGCACGGUCGAGCUAGCUGAAACAUCCCGAGGCUUAUCUCAAAAAGAUAUCGUCCGUGGAGGGGAUGGAAGUCCUGUCGAUGUUACCUCCGGUACAUCACCAAGUACAGGCCAUCAGUCAGAACCAUGUUCAAAACUGAUGUCAACAUCUUGAGGCUUAUCUCCAAGAGAUACUGUCCGAGGAGGGGAUGGAAGUCCUGACGGUGCUAUCUCCGAUACAUCCACUAAGUCAGGCCAUCAGCCAGAACUUAGUUCAACGCCGAUGACAACGGGCAAUCCGAGUGAACCCGGUAGUGCCUCUCAAGCAACAUCACCGCUCCGACAGCAGCCAAGAGCUCCAUACAUUCCUCCAAACCAAGACAUGCAUGACGCGCUAGAGGAUGCAGUGAUACAUGACAAAUGGCCAAAGAAAUGGACUGAGUGGGAUGACCUUAGGUGUGAAGCUGAAAGUGAGGACAUGCAACGGAACUGGUGGCUUCGUGAAUUGCUUGCAAAGUGUGCUGAAGACAUAAUACGCCUUGAUGAAGAGGAACUCAAGAAAGGGGAAGACUACAAGAAAACUCCCAAGGAACUUGAAUCGCUUAUUCGACAAUCAGCAGGUCAAAUGCCAACAACGGCGAAGCCUUGGGAGAACCUACGAAUCAAUGCCCCCUUUCAAGAGGAAAUCAGAAAGGGAAUCUGGAGAAAACCAGACAAACUUAAGCAGCUAAAUGAACUAAAAAUCCGUGGCCUCACACACCUGAAGGGCAAAUUAGUAGGUGGACAUCUGCACAUGCUACAUCAUAGAUCAUCAGGUAAGCAGCGACAAAUUCUUGAGCAAGACAUGAGGUCUAGCAUUCAUCCAAUCCAUGCUUCUCUCGACAUACAUAAAGAAGACCACCACUCAGUACCUUUCUACAGCUUCAGAGUUCAACGCACUGAUUCAAGUGAAUUAAUAUGUCAGGAAAACGACUUCAUUAUGAUGAACAUGGAUGACAUCUACCAGAUGUUCAUGGUCUGCAGAUUUCUUCCGUUAAAUCACAACAAGGUCUACAGAGAAGGAUUUGAGGCAAUUAAGCGCUUUAUGCUCAGACAGAUCAGAUUCCAUGCUGCUCAUGACCUACAAAUGGCUCUUGAGAACAACGUUCGAAAGGCAAAUCUCACUAGGCCGACUUUGUAUGGAGAAGAACUUGAGGAAUAUGAACCCUACCACAUCUUUACGGAUCCACCCUCAAUUCUAUAUCUCAACCAUCAACAGCAAAAGCGCCUGAUGUGGGUAGAGGACAUACACAAAUAUUGUGAUGGAACUUUAAAAGUAAUUCAACAAAAGCUACUGCCUAUCAAAGAAGAUAUUGAUCAAAGACUUGCUGAAGCCACUGAUGAAGAGCUGAGAGAAUGCGACAGAGUUGAAACUAUUUUGAAGCCUAUCAUCAAGCAACUCGACAAGAGAAGGUCAUUGAGAUCAUAUGAGCAUGCGCUAAACUUCAGGAAACACUACUUCAGAGCUCAGAAAUAAAAGCAAGACGGCACUUGAUCACAAAGGGGGAGAUUGUUGAAGAUCAUUUUAUUGUGAAUCAAGCUUGUCAUAUGUCUUGUAUUAGAUUAGCUUUUAUUAUAUCCUUUGUAUUUAAUGUUUGUAUUUAUUAGGGUAUAAAAGAUAUGGGGCCAAUGUGUCAGGCCCAUAUCAGGCUGAAAGCCUUUACGCAAACCUAUAUACAUGCGCAUAUAAAAAGGCGCUUUAGGUUUAGGUUUGCGUUAACUUUGCAUAUUGAUCUUAUCAGCCUUAGCGCUCAUCCUUGUGUUUGUAAAGUGCACGAUAUAUCAAAG